AACAAAACAAUUCAGUUUAAAGACAUGUAGUGGAAUGAAAUUACCAAAUUAAUGACUUUGUUCUUAAAGAAACUUAUACUUAUACCUUUUUUCUUACUUCUUAUGGCCGAGUUUUCUACUUUAUUGGUGGCCACGAGACAGAAAACACUCGGAGAUUAGCACUUACAUUUUGAUUUGAUCAUCAUUAUAUAUAUAGGCGUGUGCCAAGAUUACCUAGUAGAAGAGAACACAAAUCAUUUGGUUUCCUCUAAUCAUCAUCGUCAGUCACUGAGUAGUUUUAUCGCAGGAAAAAAUCAGCAAGCUGAGAGAAGAGGAAAUACCAUCUACCGCUAAAAAUUAAGGUGAAAUCUCUGUUCUCCGUAUGGCCGAGGAAGCUAAUCUGAAUGAAAAGAAGUGGAGUAUGCCGGUUUGUGUUUUCUUCAAGGAUGCAAGGCUUCUUUUCAAGAAAGAUGAGCUUGGGGUGGACAUAUUACGAAUAGCAAUUCCUGCAGCAUUGGCUCUAAUGGCAGAUCCCAUUGCCUCUUUGAUUGAUACAGCGUUCAUUGGCCAUAUAGGUCCAGUUGAGCUCGCGGGUGUGGGAGUUGCUAUUGCUGUAUUUAACCAGGUAUCAAGAAUUGCUAUAUUCCCUCUUGUCAGCAUCACAACUUCUUUUGUUGCGGAGGAAGAUGCUGUUAGUAGAAUGAAUACUGAAGGUAAACUAGAAGCUGAUAACAUGGAAAAGGCAUGUCUGGAAAACAGUGAGGUUAAAGAACUGAUCACUAAAGCUGAUACAGGAAACACAGCGAACAAAUACGACAAUUAUAAGACGGCAAAACUUGAAAAUGAGAAGAGACACAUUCCAUCAGCAUCAUCAGCACUGGUCAUUGGAGGGAUACUUGGACUUGUUCAGGCUGUUUUCCUGAUUUUUGGAGCAAAGCUUCUCCUGGGAAUCAUGGGUAUAAAACAUGGGUCUCCUAUGCUAGCCCCAGCGCAGCGAUACUUGAUAUUGAGGUCUCUUGGUGCUCCUGCAAUACUUCUCUCUUUAGCCAUGCAAGGGAUCUUCCGAGGAUUCAAGGAUACAACAACACCUUUAUAUGCUACUGUGGCAGGAGAUGUAACAAAUAUCAUUUUAGACCCGAUUUUUAUCUUCACUUUAAAAUUGGGAGUCAGUGGUGCUGCCAUUGCACAUAUUAUUUCCCAGUACCUACUCGCAGCAAUACUGUUAUGGAAGCUAAUGGAAAAAAUUGAUCUCUUACCGCCAAAUAUCGGGGAACUUCAAUUUAGUCGAUUUCUUAAAAAUGGUGUUCUUUUGCUAGCAAGGGUAAUAGCUGCAACAUUUUGUGUGACUUUAGCAGCAUCAAUGGCUGCACGUCAUGGACCAACAACCAUGGCUGCUUUCCAGAUCUGCUUACAGAUUUGGCUAGCAUCAUCUCUUCUUGCUGAUGGGUUGGCGGUUGCUGGACAGGCAAUACUUGCUACUGCAUUUGCUGAAAAAGAUCUCGAGAAAGCUACAUCCACUGCAUCCCGGGUACUGCAGUUGGGUCUGGUUCUGGGUUUGAUACUUUCUGUCUUUCUUGGAGUGGGUCUGCAUUUCGGUUCGCGUUUAUUUACUAAUGACAGGAAUGUUCUGCGUCUCACAAGUAUAGCCACACCGUUUGUAGCAGCGACUCAACCAAUCAAUGCACUAGCCUUUGUUUUUGACGGUGUAAAUUUUGGAGCAUCUGACUUCAUAUAUUCUGCUUACUCCAUGGUUCUCGUGGCCAUUGUUAGUAUAGUGUGCCUGUUUCUUCUUUCUGCAAGCCAUGGUUUUGUUGGAAUCUGGAUUGCUCUUACCAUUUAUAUGAGUCUGCGAAUGUUUGCUGGUUUUUGGAGAAUUGCAACUGGGAGUGGACCGUGGCACUUCCUCAGAAGUUGAUUUUGCUUGCUUAUUAUGGGACAUGGGUAUGUGCCGAGUAGUUUUUGGCUCCAUGCCAGUUUUUCCUUCAACUCGGGGAGUUGUACAUGCUUUAUUCGUGGUGUUGCCAUGAUCGGGAUCAAUGACUUCUUAAGAGUGACAUUCCGGCAAUUAGUUCUGUGGUAGGAUACUAGAAGGUAGCACAGACUUACCUCAUGAAUGCUCUUGUGAAGGUGAAGUUUGUUGCGCAGUUGUGCCUAGUGAAUGUAAAUGGUUAUUAUCAUUUUCUUGUACACUUCUGUUACAUGAUCGUUAGGGUCUGUUUCACGUGGUUGUCUUUUUUUUUUUUUUUUUUUGAAACUGGAAAAAGAAUUGUAUUAAGAAGGAUUACGAGUUUACAUGA